CCGGUUUAGUUGUUGAGGUGGGAUUCGCUGCCGUCGGGCUCCCUACAGCUUCGCCACUGCCGCAUUGCCUUCUUCGCCUCUCUCUCUUCUUUGCCUCCUUGUCGUCGCUCCUCGCCAUCGCCUUCUUACCUCCUCUCUAGAUCUUUGCCGGCGGCGUGUCUAGUUCAAUCGUUGACCUCCAAAUCUAGAUCCCAGAGAUUAGCAACGAUCCACACCAACAUGGCGAACACAAUGGCUCGGUCCUUUCUGCAAGUGGCAGCCACAGAGGAGGUCGCUCCCCCGCCUAGAGUCGUUCAGAUCGAGGGUCUGGUUAUACUGAAGAUUAUCAAACACUGCAAGGAGCUUUCCCCAGCUCUUGUCACAGGGCAACUUCUUGGGUUCGAUGUUGGCAGUGUUCUUGAAGUUACUAAUUGUUUCCCUUUUCCAAUUCGGGAUGAAGAUGAGGCGAUUGAAGCAGAUGGUGCCAAUUAUCAGCUUGAAAUGAUGAGAUGUUUGCGAGAAGUUAAUGUGGAUAAUAAUACUGUUGGAUGGUACCAAUCAACUCUGUUAGGAUCUUUUCAGACUGUGGAACUGAUUGAGACCUUUAUGAAUUACCAGGAGAAUAUAAGACGGUGUGUCUGUCUUAUCUAUGAUCCUUCAAAGUCUUCCCAGAGAUGUGUGAUAUUACAGAGUGUUUCAGGGUUUGCAGCUCUUAGAGAAAAGCUCUCAGAGAACGAAGAGGUUUCAACUAGUUAG